AUGGAUCAAAACCCUUUGUUACUGAAAAUACAGAGAAUCGUAAAUGAAACACCGGAAAAUGAGGGACUGUUACUAAAUGGACUAAACUCCAUCCUUCCCCUCAUAGUAAACAAUUCUAUUACAAGUCGAAGGACUCUUCGUAGCAAUUUGGAAAAAAAUCAAUUAAGUUACUAUGAAAACCUUCUAACGUCGUUUGGUGAUGUGAAAAAGCGUCUAGAUGCUCUUGAUACUUGUGUCAAUAAUAUGUUAGAAACAUGCCUUCGGAUGAAUGGGACGUUAACUUCUGUUAAAUCGAAGACAGUAUGCUUAGUAGGAGAAGCACAAAAGUUAAAAUCGGACAGUGAAGUGGCGGAAAUCAAGGCAUAUUUAUUAGAACUGUUAGCUAGUUCGUACCAAAUCUCCGUAAAAGAUACAGAUAUAUUGUCUUCCAAAAUUAGCCACAUAGAUGAUACAUUUUUUUCAGCUCUUUCACGUGGCAAAGAAAUAAAACAGUUGUUACAGUCAGACGAAUUAACUUUCAGCUGCUCAUUGACGACUGAAGUAAUAGAAAUUUUGGACAAGGCAUAUGAAAAUCUGUAUGAGUGGGCUCAAAAUGAAUGCAUAAAACAGGUUCAAGAAACACCUGAAAUAUCUCUUCAACUUCGGCGUGCUUUUUCAGAGUUACAAAAUAAACCAGUCCUUCUAAAGUACUCUCUUGAUGAAUAUGCUGGUGCCCGUCGCAAAGCCUCUGUUAAAUAUUUUCUUGAUAUACUCACAGUUGAAAUUGACUCGAACUCUAAUGUCCAGAAUCAUUCUGUUGACAUGAUUCAUGCGAUACACAUAGAAACAAAGUCACCUGAUCAUGUACGACUUGUGAGUGAUAUACUUGCCUGUGUUCAUCAAAUUACAGCCUCGGAGAAAGAGUAUAUAAAUAGUCUUUGCAUGGACUGUCAUGAUACAUUAAUUGCAGACUUGAAAACCAUUUGUUUGGAUACAAUUACCGAGAGUUUAUGUCACUAUCUUAAAUUGAACAUGGAAAAUCUGUUGGCAUCUCAUCAUGAUGCCGUUACAUUAUAUAAAAUGAAUAAUGUCAUAAGAUUUUAUCAACAUACAUUUAGAUCACUACUUAAAUCUACCGCCUCACUCAAUUUAUGCCUAGAUGAAAUCCAAAAACUCUGUAAAAGGCUAUUACUUAGCACUGUAAAACAAUUUGUAAAACAAACUUUAGAACAACCUGAUCACCCAAACCUAGAUUUAUCUCCGAAUGAACUAAUCACUGAUACUCUACAAUUGCUCAUCCAAAUCGUCGGUGGUCAGGAUAUUUCAUUACUACCAAACGAUGAAAUUAAAGUUGAACGUACAGAGAUGAUCGACUGCUUGGUAACUCCUUUGAUUACCUACUGCGAAUUGUCUGCCGGCCUGCUGACCCUUAAUUCAUUAUCUCACACUAAACAACUGAACGACCAACAACUCAUUCUUUCACCUGAUAGUCCUUCAGUGUCAGUAUACCUAGCUAACUGUUUCAAUAUAAUUCAAGUUAGUCUUUCAGAAGUUCCCUUCGGUGCUAGUCUAGUUGAACAAAUCGCACUGAAGUUGGAUAAGUGCUUGGAUUCAUUGGUUACUGCGCAAGUUUCAUUUAUACUUGAACGGACAGGGCUUCUGUUAGUGAACCAACGACUCGACGCCGUUCAGAAUUCCAGUACAUCUCAUUAUCCAAUAUUGGAAAUUCGCGACAUGAUGAUGGACUUCAACAAUUACUUAUCGGACCCAGACAAACUAUCCCUUCCCGAUGUGAACAAACUAUGUUCCCAACAGCUACGGAGGUUGGUUCGUCGCCGUUCUGCCGACCAGAUUCAUAGUUACUACCAAUCCGUUCAUCAAGCAAUCACGAAUGUAAUGAAACCGUGUUUGGACAAAGAGUCGACCGUAGAAUUGUAUACUCCACAGCAUGUUGCUGAACUCAUUCUCAACUUCUGA